ACAAAUCGACAUGAACAUGCAGAGCGAUCUUAUGGCUGCAUUUGAAGAGACACUGUAGGCAACGGCCACGGCGGCUGUAUCGUACCACUCCAUGCACGCGGGGGGUAUAUACACCGCCAUUCCACACAACAUUAUACACAACCUUGAACACAACCUUACACACAACCUUCAGCACAUUGUACACAGCAUCAGUCAGCCCCUCACCGACAGUCCGCCCACCACCAGCAGCAGUCAGCUCCCAAUCGAUAGCAGUCAGCUCCCCAUCGAUAGCAGUCAGCUCCCAACAGGUAGCAGUCAGCUCCCAACCGGUAGCAGUCCGCCCACCACCAGCAGCAGCAGUCAGCCCCAACCCAGCAGCAGCACAGUACACCAGAGUAGCAGCCUCAAACGCAAAAGCAGCAGCCAAGACGACAGCAGCAGCAAAGCUAAAGAUAAAGACAAGAGCCUAGACAAAGAGCAGGAGAAUGAGCAGGAUAAUCAGCUGGAGAAUGAGCAGGAUAAUCAGCUGGAGAAUGAGCAGGAUAAUGAGCUGGAGAAUGUGCAAGAGCUGGACAAUAUGCAAGAGCAAGAGCAAGAACUGGAGAAUAUGCAUGAGCAAGAGCUGGAGAAUGUGCAAGAGCAAGAGCAGGAAAAAGAGCCGGAGGAAGAACCGGAGAUAGAGAUAGAGAAGGAUAAGAAAAAAGUAAAAGGGAAAAUGAAAGGGAAAGAGAAAGGAAAAGGUCAAAUCACCAGCAAAGAUAAAGAUCACAACUCCAGCAAAGAUAAAGAUCACAACGCUAGCAAAGAUAAAGAUUCUAGCGGUAGCAAAGAUAAAGAUCACAACGCCAACAAAGAUAAAGAUCCGAGCGGCAGCCAAGCUAAAAUUCCUAGCAGCAGCAAAGGCAAACAUCUUAGCAGCAGCAAAAGUAAAGAUCUCAGCACCAGUAAAGAUCACAGCAGCGGCAAAGAGAAAGAUCUUAGCAGCAACAAAGAUGAAGAGCAAAGCACCAGCAAAGAGAAAGAUCACAUCAGCAGCAGCAAAAGCAAGAGCAGCAGCAGUAAACAUCACACAAGCAGGAGCAGCAGCAAACAUAAAGAUCAAAGCUCCUCCAGCAAAGAUAAAGAUCACAGCAGCAGCAGCAGUAAACAUAAAGAUCAAAGCACUAGCAAAGAUAAAGAUCACAGCAGUGGCAAAGUGAAGGAUCAAAGCACCAGCAAAGAUAAGGAUCAAAGCACCAGCAAAGAUAAAGAUCAAAGGAGUGGCAAAGUGAAGGAUCAAAGCACCAGCAAAGAUAAAGAUCUCAGCACAGGCAAAGUUAAGGAUCAAAGCUCCAGCUCCAGCAAAGAUAAAGAUCACAGCAUCAGCAGCAGCAAACAUAAAGAUCAAAGCACCAGCAAGGAUAAAGAUCACAGCAGUGGCAAAGUUAAAGAUCAAAGCACCGGCAAGGAUAAAGAUCACAGCAGUGGCAAACCCAUAGCCAAACCAUAA